AUGAUGGCUGAGAUACUGAGAAACCAAGGAAGAGAAGUGGAGAGACAAAGAGAAGCUUAUAGAGUUGAAUCCACAAUAAUUCAAGAUUACUUUGGAGAUUUGAUUCCAAGUUUCCAAGAAGAAGUAAACUUUGUUGGAAUAGAUGGAUCAGCACAUAGAGAAGAAGCUUGGAAAGGAGAGCAUGAUGUUUUUACUCAAGAAUCACCCAAUGAGAAGAGGGAUGUUCAUGGAGGAAGAAAUUAUCAGCAACCACCUCACAAGAGAAGAAUGGAGCCAAGGAGCAAUUUUGAAGAUUUGAUAACUUUCAUCAAGAGUUCUCAUAGAGAGCACACAGCCUUGAUUGAUGAGAGAUUGGAGUCAGCCUUCACGAGAUUGAAUGAGAAGUUGGAUUCUAUUUCUUCUUUCACAAGAGACUUGGAUCUUAGAGUUGCCAACAUAGCCAGCUCUAUUAAGAGAGAAGAAGGUGUGCUACCAGGAAAAGUGGAAAUCAAUCCAAGGAGAGCAGCUGUAGCAGCUAUCACUCUUAGGAAUGGAAAAGGGUAUGAGCCGCCAGCAUACCCAGAUCAAGAGGAAGCAAAGCCGCCAAUCAAGAAGAAACCAAUGGAGUAUGUCAUUAUUGGAGAUGGACUGAACCACCUAAGGAAGUCCAUGUCAGAAUAG